AUGUCGUCUGCUUCUUCGGGCAAGACUCCCCGAGUCCUUGCUUGUGUUCUCUGUCAGAACCGGAAGAUCAAGUGCGAUCGUAACAGUCCUUGUUCAAACUGCAUCAAGGCAAAUGUCGCGUGUACCCCGAGUGUUCCGGCGCCCGCGCGCAAGCGGAGGAGGCCUAAUCAAGACUUGCAGCAACGGCUGGCGAGGUGUGAAGAGCUGCUCUCCGACUACGCCACUGGGAAGCCCGAAGACACAACAAAGGAAUCGCCAACUCGAGAUGAGUCCUGGAAGCCUUUGGGCAAGUUGAUCGUUGACGACGGCGGCGUGAAGAAGUUUAUGGAUAGCUACCUGUGGGCAAACAUCCACGGCAUUAAGCAGUCCCGCCGGGAUGAGCUUUCAGCAAUGCGCGAAAUACUCGAGGACGAGGAGACAAUAGAUGAUUCCAAUACGCCUGCCGAACCACAGUCGCCGGAGCUGAACACAGCGUUGGUGCUGUCGGAUUCUUCCAACGCCGAUCUCGAAGACCUGCACCCUCAACCUGCCCACGUCUUCCACCUGUGGCAGACCUUCCUGGAAAGGGUCAAUCCCAUCACAAAAAUCAUCCACGUACCCACCUUACAACCCAUGCUGUUUGAGGCUGCUAUCAGUAGGGCCAGCGUCCUCAAGAACACCGAAGCGCUCCUCUUUGCUAUCUAUCUCAUGGCGGCUGUUGCCAUGACUCAGGACGAAUGCAGGGAGCGGCUUGGAUACACGAGGGCCGAGGCCUUGGACCGCUUUUCCAAAGGUUGCCGAACGGCUUUGGUCCGCAUUGGCAUCCUUAAGGACUAUGACUUGACCAUCUUGCAGGCCAUGGUAUUGUACUUGUUCUCACUCAUCGGUCGUUAUGACCGCCACGCCGCCUGGAUCUUGAAUGGUGUCACUGUGCGGAUUGCCCAGAAAAUGGGACUCCACCGGGAUGGAGAGUUUCUCGGGCUUUCGCCAUUCGAAACCGAGAUGCGUAGGCGUAUCUGGUGGCAGAUCGUAUUACUCGAUGCCAUAUAUGCAUUGAUGUCGGGUCUCGGGCAGUCUCUCCUCCCACGCUCCUGGGACACGAAAGAACCGCGCAAUAUUAACGAUUCGGAUCUCUACCCCAACAUGACGGCGGUCCAGGCCAAGGAUGGACCCACUGACAUGAUCUACGUCUUGAUCAGCUACGAGAUGGCCAAGCUCAUGGUAGAGACACCAAUAUUGGAAUCGGUCAUCUUACAGAACGAGUUUGGGGCCCCCGACACGCCCGCUCCCGAAGAAGUGGACAAGGCGCGCAAACGUAUCGUUGAGCUCGAUGAUACCAUCGGUGAUCUGCUCGACAAGUACGGCGACUUGUCCAUGGGUCCGGUCCAUGAGCUGGCGAUGGCAACUAGACCAAUGCUGAUGGAUAAGCUGCGAGAUCUUACCUGCCCCCCGAGAGAGCAACCGGAGUGGGGCACUGAAAUCAUGACGCCGAAAGACAAUCUCUUCAAGAUCUCGCUAAGUACGGGAGAGCACAAUCUCCGGAUGUACAGAACGACACAGUUAAGGGGUACUUUCUUGUGGUUUAUGAUGACCCAUUUUCAGUUGGACAUACUGAUCUACAUGGUGGGACAGCUCAGCUCACGGAUGACUGGCCAAUUGGUAGAGAGGGCAUGGGCCGUCACGGAACAGUUAUACCACUUCCACCAAGAACUGUAUGAUCUCUCGGUGAAGCCACACGCGGCUUUGGCAAUCUUUGCCAUUAGGGGCUGGAAGCAGCGCGAGAAAUGGCUCCUCGAGACCGGGGCGCCUGCCCCCACAACACCCGGCUAUAUUCUGAAGCUGCAGACUCUCCUGCCGUCAGCAGAAACCAAGCACAUUCCUGAGGAUGUCAAGACGCCCGACCUAUCAAAUCUCAACAUGGCCGGAGAUGCGGUAGCGCCGCAAACACAGGAGGUGCCGGCGUGGGAUUCUAUGCUGGGUUUAGUCGAUACCGGGGCGAUUGAUUGGGACAUGUUCGCAGGCAGUGGCAACGGGCCGCUACCGACAGGCAAUGGGGGCUAUGGGAACUAUGGUACGUCGUACACAAAUAGCUGGAUGUAG